CGACGCUGCGAUGCUGGCGGCGCGCGCUUUGAUGUGCAAGCGCUCGAGACUGGGGAGAGAGAGAGGGAGGGAGAGAGAGAGAGAGAGAGAGAGAGAGAGAGCAUCGCUGGAGGAACCGGACAGACUGAGCGGAGACCCGCUGCAAACGAGGGGGAUUUAAACAGCCUUUAAACACACGGAAUGAGCGCGCGGAGCGGGUCCCCCGGCAGCCGCGCGCUGCGCGCCUUUCUCUGCCCCAUGUAGCGCGCUCCAGGUGGGGGAAUGAUGAACUCGGAGAAGAGCCGCGAACAGGUAAAGAAGAAUAAGGUGAUCGGCGCGAGGGCUGCACCAUCAGUACCAGCGUGAGUCAUGUGAAACUGUCGGGAAAUAAUUUUCAGUGGAGCAGUGAGUGAAACACACUUUUUUUACGAUGGAUUUUAUAACGGAGGCGUCGAGCGAGAUGGAUUUCUUUAAUUUGUCGGGCGCGAGUAACGCGUCACCUGUAACGUUUCCACACGCCCCGCCGCUGUCGAAGGAGGGCACGGGGGGGAGGUACUCGCUGGCUUCCACGGCCGGGCUCGCGGCGCUCGUCAGCUUCCUCAUCGCGUUCACGAUCGUGGGCAACGUGCUGGUGGUGAUCGCGGUGCUCACGAGCCGCGCGCUGAAGCCGCCCCAGAACCUCUUCCUGGUGUCCUUGGCCAGCGCGGACAUCCUGGUGGCCACUCUGGUCAUGCCCUUCUCGCUGGCCAACGAACUCAUGGGAUACUGGUUCUUCGGCAAAGUUUGGUGCGACAUUUACUUGGCCUUAGAUGUCCUCUUUUGCACGUCCUCCAUCGUGCAUCUGUGCGCUAUCAGCUUGGACCGCUACUGGUCCGUAACGCAAGCCGUCGAGUACAACCUGAAACGGACACCUAGAAGGGUGAAGUGCAUGAUCGUGGUGGUGUGGCUCAUCUCAGCGGUCAUCUCUUUCCCGCCCUUAAUCUCGAUGGACAGAAACACGGACAACAUCGACCACCCGCAGUGCGAGUUAAACGAUGAAACCUGGUACAUCCUCUCCUCCAGCAUUGGAUCCUUUUUUGCUCCCUGUAUUAUCAUGAUCCUGGUGUACAUAAGAAUAUACCAAGUGGCCAAAACCAGGAGAAGGAACAUGUCCGAGAAGAAGCACGGGACAGAUGGGAGCGCCCACGCUGAGAACGGCUUGAACAAAGGCACCUCCUGCAACGCAAAUGGUGACAAGGAGAACGGACACUGCCGACCCAUGGCCAACGAGCAGAAGCCCGGGGAGGAGGAUGAGCUGGACCUUGAGGAGAGCAGCUCCUCAGAUGAGAAAACCAAGCAGCCGCAGGACGGGAGCUCCAAGAAGGAGAGGGGGGCGGGCCGAAAGAGCAGCUCGCUCUCCAAACACUCCAGCCGCAUGUCCAGGGCCAGUAACAAAUCCAUGGAGCUUUUCUCCUCACGCCGGCGGAGGAGGAACACAAUGUCUCGCAAGAAAAUCUCCCAGGCGAGGGAGAAGAGGUUCACCUUUGUGCUGGCAGUUGUAAUGGGGGUCUUUGUGGUCUGCUGGUUUCCUUUCUUCUUCAGCUACAGCCUGUAUGGGGUUUGCCGGGAAUCUUGUAAGAUCCCAGAGACACUCUUUAAGUUCUUCUUUUGGAUUGGCUACUGCAACAGCUCACUGAAUCCUGUCAUUUACACCAUCUUCAACCAAGACUUCCGGAGAGCAUUCCAAAAAAUUCUCUGCAAGUCUUGGAAAAAAUCUUGAACAGGUUUAGCCUGGUGACCCUUACCGUGUAUGCCACUGUACUAAAGCAAGUGACGCUGACCGUGUGGUGACCUUCCACUGCUUUCCUGGCCUUGACAAUCUAAAAAUGAUUAAGUCCAAAUUUAGCUAUAAGACGUUCUUUCCGUUUUGAAGGACUAAUGUGAGAAUACUUUUGACAGUUUACUUUCAUGUUUACAGUGCUGUACUGUAAAUCAACCAAACAGAUUGUGCACUCUUGCGGGAAAUCAUGUCAUAUCCUUGUCAUUCUCUGCAGGCGGUUGCUAAAAGUUUUGAUGCAUCUAUAUAUUGCCAAUUUGCACAUAAGGCUUUUGGGCUUUCAAAGCAUAAUGAUGUAAGAGACCUUCUUCUGUCUUCAGCUCAAGGUGUCUAGUUCACCAGAGUGACCCGUCUGAUGAUAGGAAGCAUCACCUGCCAAACCGGCUACUGCAAAAACAAGGGGCAACUGCAGCUUUUCAGAGCAGCAAAUUAAAUCUGUGUGUUAUCUCGCUGUGCCUGUGAAAAAGCUGAACGUUCCCCAGGGAGCGGAGAUCUCUUGCAGAACUGCGAAGAGGGCUAGCAUUCAAACUGUUGUGCUGUCGUUCAAUCUGUUCUCUGUGUAAUAUUAGUCAACAUAACUUUUUAUUUUUUAACUGGAUGCCAUCAGUGGGUAUUUAAAAAAGACAGCCACGAAUCAAAGGUAUUUAUUUUUUUCUUUGCCGCUGAGGAGGUGAAAGUUGAUACAAAUGACACAUGCUGACACCACAAAUGAUUGCCACUCUGUUGAUUCAAGGAAUAUGUUCAUGUUUUGCAUUCAGAAUUAGUUGUCAAGGGUAUUCAUGAAAAGCUGCAUUCUUUCUUAUAUAUAUGUCACUGAAGUAUAUUUGAAGAUGAAUAAACUAUCAUGCAAGU